GGAGUCCUUCACUUCAUCUCAAUCCGUGAGAACGAACACAUCUACUUUCCAAUUAUCCAAAUUUGGCGCUACUGAAUUCCUGUAGUAUUUCAUCCGACUGCAUUCUAGUGUUGUGUCCGAAGGCCCUAGAAAAUGGAUCCAGUUCAAGUUGCCAUCAAGCUGAGACGUCUCCUUAUUGCCCACGACAAUGCAGUGAAAGAGAUCCUGACAUUAGAUACCCAAGUCUACCAUCUGAUGCGGAAGAUGACAGCCAACUCCUCCAACAACUGCAUAAUCCGAGGUGAACAGCUGAUCCAGAGACGAUGGGUGCUGGAAGGUGUCAAGGAGAUGUUUACCAUCUACAGACAACUCAAGUGGCAAGAGGUGCAAGCCUGUGUAAACGCCAUCACCAAAGAUGCUGCUGCAGAGAGUGAUUCGGAGGCGGACUGGAAUGCAGAUACCUCUUUCAAUGAUGAUGAAGCUUCCUUCACGGAACUCUUGUCCGACAGCUCAUAUAGUGAGGACGACGAAGACCAGGGAGACCUAUACAGCAACGACAGCAGCUACGAUAUGACGACUCUCAGUCGAGCUUUGUCUGUAGACGACAGUGCACUUCAUAGAAACGCCUAA